CUCUGCUCGGUGGUGGUGCCCUAGCUGGUAGUCUUGAAGCCUUUGCCGAGGAGCCUGCGGGCGUUUAUCUAGAAACCUGUUUGGAGGUUAUGGCUGAUAAGGCCAAUCCUGGAACCCUCACUGACAAUUCAGAAAGACUCUUCUCCUUUGGAGUAAUAGCAGAUAUUCAGUAUGCCGACUUAGAAGAUGGAUACAAUUUCCAAGGAAGCCGGCGGAGGUACUACAGACAUAGUCUCGUUCACUUACAGGGUGCCAUUGAAGACUGGAAUAAAGAAAGCAGCAUGCCCUGUUGUGUCCUGCAGCUUGGAGACAUUAUCGAUGGCUAUAACGCACAGUAUAAAACAUCAGAAAAGUCCCUGGAAGUUGUUAUGAACACAUUCAAAAUGCUUAAAGUCCCAGUUCAUCAUACAUGGGGAAAUCAUGAAUUCUACAACUUCAAUAGAGAUUAUUUAACACGCUCUAAACUUAACACAAGGUUUCUAGAAGACCGGAUUGUAGAUCAUCCUGAGACCAUACCCUCAGAGAAUUAUUAUGCUUACCACUUUGUACCAUUCCCUAAAUUUCGGUUCAUUUUACUCGAUGCUUAUGACUUGAGUGUCUUAGGCGUGGAUCAGUCUUCUCCAAAAUACCAGCAGUGUAUGAAGAUACUGAGGGAGCACAAUCCAAAUACGGAAUUGAAUAGUCCUCAAGGACUUUCUGAGCCCCAGUUUGUCCAGUUUAAUGGAGGAUUCAGCCAAGAACAGCUGAACUGGUUGAACGAAGUUCUUGCGUUCUCUGACACAAACCAAGAAAAGGUGGUGAUUGUGAGCCAUCUUCCCAUUUACCCAGAGGCCUCCGACAGUGUGUGCUUGGCCUGGAACUACAGAGAUGCUCUGGCAGUCAUCUGGUCUCACAAGUGUGUGGUGUGUUUCUUUGCUGGUCAUACUCAUGAUGGUGGCUACUGUGAGGAUCAUUUUGGUGUGCACCAUGUCAACCUAGAAGGAGUUAUUGAAACAGCUCCAGUCAGCCAAGCCUUUGGCACAGUUCAUGUCUAUCCUGACAAAAUGGUGUUGAAAGGGAGAGGCAGAGUUCCAGACCGAAUUAUGAAUUAUAAGAAGGAAAAAGCCCUCAACUUUUAGUCUGACUUGUUUUAUUUGCCUUUGAAGGAAGAGAGUGACUUUGCUUGUAUUUGUCCCUACUAUACAAAAAGGAAAACAAAAUAAAAAUUCUCAAUCCCA